GACUUGAGGAGUGACAACUUACGAUGGCGAGAGCUCGUCGUCUGUUUACCCUUCGCUCUUCCCGGUUGUGUGGACGGAGGCGGUCGCUGCUGCUCCACCGCUGAACUCACCGCCGCCACGGGCUCCUCUCCCGCCGCCGCCACGAGACGAGACCCAACCGUCAACUCCUGCGAGAGGGCAGCGCGGAUAUUCAAGGACAUUUUAACGUUACCAUAGCUACUGUGGCCUUUUCUGACGAUUGAGGAAAUCCAGCGUGCGGCGCUCCGGCGCAAUGAUGUGGCCAGAUUUUGUAAACAGAAACAGCGGUUGAAGUCACGGAGAGCAGCGCUCAGCUGACAACGAUGAAGAUGGUGGUGGUGUUUCUGUGCGUGUCAUCCAACCCGCAGCCUUUCAUCUGCUGAAGGCGGACUUUUCGAUGCGUUCACCUCAGAAAUGGCAUCAUUUCCACACCUCGCUCAGUCGGCGGCUGCGUGGAGCUGAAGGAGAGAAAACCCCGCGUCACUUGUUGGAAGUGGGGAAUCGAAACAAGAGGGGGAAAGACGGACAGACAGAUCGACAGGCCGCUGAACUUUGAUUUCGCUGCCUGACUGACAGACUGCUGGAGUGAGCUGAGCCCAGCGACAGGUACAGGAACCAUCAAUGUGGACUUCAGUUGGUGAUUUGACGAGCCUCGUGUAGGAGCCCCAGAGUUUGUUCUGUCCCCUCUCCCCCUUCCUUCCCUCUGUCCCUCCCUUCCCUUUUGCAAUCUUCUCCCUCAUCCCCCUUUCCCCCUUAUCUAAGAUUCACAAUGCUUAUCAAGGAGUACCGCAUCCCCAUGCCCCUGAGUGUGGAGGAGUACCGCAUCGCCCAGCUAUAUAUGAUUCAGAAAAAAAGCAGAGAGGAGAGCUGUGGCGAAGGUAGUGGGGUGGAGAUCUUGGAGAAUAAACCCUACACAGAUGGACCAGGCGGAACUGGCCAGUACACCCACAAGGUCUUCCACAUUGGCAAGCACAUCCCCAGCUGGUUCCGCUCCAUCUUGCCCAAAGCAGCACUGAGGGUUGAAGAAGAGUCGUGGAACGCCUACCCUUACACCCGCACCAGAUACACCUGUCCCUUUGUUGAGAAGUUCUCUAUUGACAUUGAAACCUACUACAAACCUGACACAGGCAACCAGGCAGAUGUCUUCAAUAUGUCUGCAGCAGAGAAAAGGCAGAUGACUGUUGACCCAAUCGACAUAGUGACAGAUCCCAUUCCCCCUCACGAGUACAAAGUGGAGGAGGACCUGCGGCUCUUCAAGUCCGCCAAGACCCAGAGGGGUCCUCUGAGAGAAGACUGGAUAGAGGAGUACAACAACAACCCAGGGAAAACCCCCAUCAUGUGCGCCUACAAAUUGUGCAAGGUGGAGUUCCGCUACUGGGGCAUGCAGUCAAAGAUUGAGCGCUUCAUUCAUGAUGUUGGACUCAGAAAGGUGAUGGCACGUGCCCACCGGCAGGCCUGGUGCUGGCAGGAUGAGUGGUAUGGUCUGACCAUUGAGGACAUCAGGCAGCUGGAGCUAGAAACUCAACUGGCCCUGGCCACGAAGAUGGCCCAGUUCAGCCAGGCUGAUGAGGCCACCGAGGCCAACUGUGGCUCUCAGUCCCCAGACAAAGAGCAAGAAGUUAAAGAGGCGAUCAGCUCCAUUGAAGCAGAAGAGGUGGUCAUCAGAUCAGGGGGAGAGACUCUUCAGCCACGGGGUGUGCUCACAAAGCAGUGGUCCACCUCCUCCCGAUCGUCUCGCUCAUCCAAGAGAGGAGUGAGCCCGUCACGCCACAGCAUCUCGGAGUGGAGGAUGCAGAGCAUAGCGCGAGACUCGGACGACAGCUCGGAGGAGGAGUUCUUUGACGCUCAUGAGGAUCUGUCAGACAGCGAGGAGGUCUUCCCAAAGGAAAUCGUCAAGUGGAACUCCAACGACCUCAUGGACAAGAUUGAAACCACUGACGCAGAAGAAACUCCUGGUGAGCUGUUGCAGGAAAUGACCGUGGAUUAUGAAAGAGCAACCAGUGACGAAAGACUAGAUGAGGAGAAUUUGUCCCAGCAGUGCUUGCAGCCUUCCAAGAUCCAUGUGCUGAUCUUGGUUCUUCAUGGAGGGAACAUCCUGGAUACAGGCGGAGGGGAUCAGAACAGCAAGCAGGCAGACGUCAACACAAUUAGUACGGCCUUUGACACAGUCAUGCGUGUUCACUAUCCUGCUGCGCUGGGACGCAUCGCCAUCCGUUUGGUACCGUGCCCUGCCAUCUGUGCCGAGGCCUUCUCCCUGGUGUCCAAUCUGAGCCCUUACGGCUAUGAUGAGGGAUGUCUGUCCAGCAGUCAGGACCACAUUCCACUGGCAGCUCUGCCCCUUCUGGCCACCUCUGCUCCACAGUACCAGGAGGCUGUGGCCACCGUUAUCGGCAGAGCCAACCAGGUGUACACAGAUUUUAUAAAGUCUCUGGGCGGGUCUGCUUUCUCCGGCCAGGUGUGUCUCAUUGGGGACUGUGUGGGAGGAAUCCUGGGGUUUGAUUGUCUGUGCAGCAGCAAUCAGACAAUAAAUGAGAGUCAAAACAGCAGUCGAAGGGGCAGCGUCGUCAGUGUACAGGAUCAGGACCUCCUCUCUCCUGGCAUUAUCAUUAACUGCGGGCACGGGUCAUCCUCUCCAACCCUGGAGGGCAGCCGCCAUCUCAGUCGCAGUAACAUCGACAUCCCUCGUGCAGGUGUAGCUGAGGACACCAAGAGACAGAUGCCCCGCAAGAGAAGCGACUCCUCCACCUACGAACUGGACACAAUAAAACAACACCAGGCCUUCCUGACCAGCUUACACUCCAGUGUCUUGCGAAGUGAUGCAGCUUCGCGCAGGUCAAGCAGCAGCACGAUGCUGGAUGGAGGCUCCCUGGGGAAGUUUGACUUUGAAGUGUCCGACUUUUUCCUCUUUGGCUCUCCACUGGGUUUGGUGCUUGCUCUGCGGAAGACGGUCAUUCCCAUGCUUGAUGUGGCCCAGCUGCGACCUGCCUGUCAGCAGGUCUAUAACCUGUUCCAUCCAGCAGAUCCCUCAGCCUCCCGUCUGGAGCCCUUACUGGAGAGGAAGUUUCACCUGCUUCCGCCCUUCAACGUGCCCCGAUAUCAACGCUUCCCCCUGGGAGAUGGAAACUCUGCCCUACUGGUGGAGACAGUCCAGAGCAACGCUCAGCUGCUACUUGACAGCGGGCCUCACCUGUCCCUUCGCUGUCAGGAGACCAUCAGUGAGACCUGCAUCCCUGUGCCUGUGCUAAACUGGCAGGAGGGCUUCCUCAAAGCCACACCCGCCACUAUGGAGUCGGAUGUUGUUCAGUCUCAUGGUGGUGUCUUCAUGGACAAUUCGUACCCCUCAUCCCCUAUAACGGGCCCCUUCUCCCGGGGCCAGCGGAGGGCCAGUGAGGUCAGCAUUGCCAGCCAGGUCUCAGGAAUGGCAGACAGUUACACUGCCACCAACAUAGCCAACACCAAAUCGUGCCAAACUAACCCAUCCAAAAGGUUCAGCUUUUUGUCCCAAAUCGCCUUAACGUCACAAAAUAAAUUCUUCCUGAAAAGUCCCCCCAAGUCCCGUAGGAAAGCAAUUGCCGUCCAGGCCGCAGGACCUCCUGAUGCAGGAUCUACUGAUGCAGAUCUAAUGGCAGAACUGGACAGUGAGGCAGACACUAUUGAAGUUCCAGGUCCCUCUGGCCAGUACGAGAACUGCUUGUCAGCGGGGCUGGACUGUGCUAUAUCUGAUCUGGUCUCACUGGAUUCCCAGGCUGAAGUAGAUCAAGUUGCCGCACGUUGGUGGGGCACAAAGCGGCUGGACUUUGCCCUGUACUGCCCCGAUGCGCUGACCGCUUUCCCCACAGUGGCUUUACCACACCUCUUCCAUGCAUCAUACUGGGAGUCCACUGAUGUCGUGUCUUUUCUCCUCAGACAAGUCAUGAGGCAUGAAAACUCCAGCAUCCUGGAGCUUGAUGGGAAAGAAGUGUCUGAAUUCACUCCCUCGAAACCUCGAGAGAAGUGGCUCCGUAAGAGGACUCAUGUAAAGAUCAGGAAUGUGACUGCCAACCACCGGGUGAACGAUGCCGUGUUCUCUGAAGGAGGCCAGCAGGUUGUGACAGGUCGCUUCAUGUACGGCCCUCUAGACAUGGUCACUUUGGCUGGAGAGAAGGUUGACCUCCACAUCAUGACUCAGCCACCGUCAGGAGAAUGGGUGUACUUCGACACAGAGGUGACCAACAGUGGUGGUCGUGUGUCUUUUAUUAUACCAGAAGAGAAGCGACUGGGCAUCGGAGUCUAUCCAGUUAAAAUGGUUGUCAGGGGUGAUCACACUGUCGCUGACAGCUACCUAACAGUUAUUCCACGUGGCACAGAAUUUGUUGUGUUCAGUAUUGACGGAUCUUUUGCUGCCAGUGUGUCAAUCAUGGGCAGUGACCCCAAAGUACGAGCAGGAGCCGUGGACGUUGUCAGGCACUGGCAGGAUUUAGGCUAUUUGAUCAUCUAUGUAACAGGACGUCCCGACAUGCAGAAGCAGCGGGUAGUGGCUUGGUUGUCUCAGCACAACUUUCCUCAUGGCAUAGUGUCCUUCUGCGAUGGCCUGGUCCAUGACCCACUCAGACACAAGGCCAACUUCCUUAAGAACUUGACAGAGGCUCACAUGAAGAUUUUCGCUGGCUACGGAUCAACCAAAGACAUCUCAGUCUACACCUCCAUCGGCCUCCCUUCAUCCCAAAUAUACAUUGUCGGCAGACCAUCAAAGAAGAUGCAGAACCAGUGCCAGUUCAUCACAGAGGGCUACGCAGCUCAUUUGUCCCAGCUGGAGUACAACCACCGCUCUCGACCAGCCAAGUCCAGCAGCGCACGCAUGGUGCUACGCAAAGGCAGCUUUGGCUUGGGCGCAAACAGCGACUUCCUGAGGAAGAGGAACCACUUGCUGCGCACCAUCUCCUCCCAGCCGGCCCCCAGCUCCCCAACAGGCAGCAUCCACAACAGACCCGAGCGCACACAGAGCCAGUCGGACAGCGAGCGGCUGGAGCGGGAGAGGCUGGAGCGAGUGCACGGCCACAGCCAGGGAGCGACGCAGCGCAGCAUGAGCAUCACAGCGAGCUGCUGGGGUCGCAGCAGCAGCACCAAGUUCGAACCGGGACUUCUCAGCCCAAAAUGAGUUUAAAGAGUAUGGACGGGAGACUGACUGAGGAAGGAACAUUGGAAUGAAUGGAAGGAGUCAAAAAUAGUUUGGCUUGCACCACAUGGGUAAUUACAAUGAAAAAUCAUAGGUGCUAUAAACUACAUUUUAAAGAAUGAGUGGCAGUCACACGUAUGGACAGAAGUCAUGGCUGUGUUACUGGUGAAACAACACUCAACAGGAAUUUCAAGAAGCCAUUUCUUGACGCAAGAGCGUGUGACACGGCUCAUGUUGUAAGAUGUGGUUUCUACUGUUGAGUAAAUAUUUAUCCGUCUUAAAUACACGAUAUCAGUUUUUUCCUACUUCAGCAGACUUUUAGACCUGAUGUGGUUGCACAUCAGAGUGUCCCACAUGCUACAAACACAGUGAUUCUGCACUGUAGCAGACGACGACGACGACGACUGUGGCCACUGAAAAGCACAACAGAGAUUAACUCUGAGGAAAAGCUGUGUCCUUUUUAUGUGAUGAAUCAGAUACGUGCAGAGAGUCUGAGGAGAGAACUGAAAGUGUUUCUGUAGACUAGAUCAAUCUGUUUUACUGUUAAUACGUUUUUUAAGAAAAUAAUCACAAAUUUCAAAAAAAAAAAAAAAUUGGUGAUUUGUAAGCCAACUAGUAUAAUACCUGAAGCAUUUACAAACAGCCAUCUAUUUAUUGUCCUCUUUCGGCCCUCAGACCAUGGAACUCUCCAGAUUAUCCUAUGAAGCGAACUGCGAAAUUACCCUUUAAAUGUGGCUGCAGCUGAAACUGGUGUGGGAUUUUAUAGUGUUUCAUGACAUCCCACCGUGCUGCACUGCUGAACCUUCCUAAUGUGUAGUGAACGACUCUGCGAGAGGGGAAAAAAUCUCCCUCUACUGUACGAUAAAUGUGCCAAAGUGAAAAGUACAGACGGACAUGCUGUACAUGAACAGAAAGGAGGAGGAGGGAGGAGGAGGAGGAUCUGGGUGUAAAAAGUUGAACAGGUUGUGUAAGUAUGUAGUCGGUUGCCUUAACAAGGCGUGUACAUAAUUGUUCUAUUCCAGUGCAGAUCUGGUAUCUGGUCCACUGAAGACCAGUUUCAAGUGUCUUCUUUUCUUUGGGGGCAAACGCCGCCUCAUUCAGGAUACACUUUAUUAAUUGAUGAUAUCUAUUGUUAUUUAAGAUUAUAGAUAUUUUAAAGAAAUUGUAUUGAUUUUGUGAACAAAUAAUGUUUUAAGAUUACUAAAGCUAUUAUGUUGUUUUUUUGUUUUAGGUUUUAAGUUCUUAAGUUGCAGCAGCCAAAACUCAGAGAGUAUUGUAUUUUUUAUUAUUUUUUUCCUCGCAGAUAACCAGAAUCAACAGAAUUGCUACGAUAUCGUGUCAUAUAAUGUAUGUUUUGUUAUAAUCUAUUUUGGGAAUUUAGGAUAUAGCUUCUCUCUGGUUGUCCGUAAACUGUAAAUGAGGCGUUGAAUGUGCUCAUAGAUAAUCCUGCCGAGGUUAAGGUCUCUUUCUUCAUUGUUGGUGCAUCAUUAGAGGAAAAUGAAUCCACACUCUGUAAAUCCUGUACAAAAUGCUGUCAAAUCUAAGACUUACUUUUAAGCUGUAGGCCAUUUAUUUUUUCGAGUUAUUCAUUCAAAUGAUAUUUAUUUGUCCCUUCUCAUAGGCUAAUUGUACAGAGCUGACCGCUAUGGACCAACAUGGGCUCGAGUGUAAGGGAACUGUGCAAUAUUACUCAACCAGAACCACAAGAUUAAACCGACGCCACAGUGCAUUGACAAUCAAUUGAUAAAAUAGGCACAUGUUCUCCAAGCGUCAAAAUUGCAGACUAUCACAGGCACACAAAGGCACAGCCAUCCUGGUUUUUUUUACAAAAGAAAGGGAUUUCUAACACAGACGUGAUGACGGUGUGAGGCUACAGCAGGUUUUUCCCCCUCAAAACACGGUGAUUAGUCCUGUUGUGUCCAUUCCAGCACAUUAGUGUCCACAUCAAAUGUGAGAGUGACCCAGUAAUCAUUAGCUGAAGGUAAUGCAGUGUCCCAGAGAUGAACAAUGAAUUCAAAAACAAAAAACAAAGUGAGCAAAUCUCAGUGGCUGCUCUUUAAUCAUUAUUUUGUUAAUAUUUAACUCAAAAUUAAAAAAUCAAAAUGAAUAGCUACGGAUUCUGAAAAUUCGGAUUAUCAGUUGAAGUGUUGUUUUUCAAAUAAAACAAAAUCAAGUUUUUGGUUUUAAUUUUCUUGGAUGUGAAUAUUCUCUGGUGUUUUUACUUCUCUCUGACAGUAAACUGAAAACCUCUGGGAUCAUGCACAAAACACUUUUUUGUUUUUUGUCAUGUUGAAAUUUAAUCCACAUUUUCUGUAUUUAAUCAACUGAUUCGUAGAUGAUGGAAAUAAUAAUUAAUACAUGUUGGAGACGAUCUUUUAUGUUAAUAUUUUGAUGGUGUCAUGUAGUAGUGAUCCAUCUUGAUUCAUAAGUUAAAGGAAUACUCCACUAGGGGUAGUAUUUUUGAAUAAUUGUGCUUCCCAACCUCAGUUUCCCCUGAGUUGAGAAAUAUCUUCAUUCUUUUCUUUGUUACGUGCCCACCAGUGACACUUCCUGUUAGCGUAACUGUUAGCAAAGAUGGCGGUCACUGUUUACAUUCUGGGAAUGAGGUCCCGUCCCCCUAUGAGUGGGUCUAUAAAGUGCAGAGUUAGCGUGGCAGUUUCAAGCCUCGGACCAAGUGUCACUGAUGGACCCAUUCUCGUAAUACAAAGCUAAAUGCAAAUUGGUGAAGUAUUCCUUUAAUAUUUAGGGGGCAACUUCAGCCCUACAGUGGAACUGCCGCAGAAUCUGCUGCCACAAAAUUCUUCAGAUGUGUUUUCAUGGAAGUGAAAUUCACUACAGACACAACUUAGUGACUAAAGUGCAUUUUACUCUGUCCCUCUGCAUUUUUGACAUGACCUGAUAUGAAGCCAUAUAUGAAUGACUUUUAAGGAAAGCUGCUAUUGUACCAUUCAUAGAGACGAGAAGGAAAACAUGUACGCAGUGACGGCAACGACUACACCGUUUAUUCCCUUUUCCUCAGAAAUCUGAACUGCCUGGAUAUUAAAAUCCACGGAACGUGGUUAUCUUGUGAGGGCCUGAUACCUUUAUUCGAGGCCUUACAUCCCCCCCGUGUAUGCCUUACCUUGACCGUUGUGUUGAGAGGCCUAGAACAAAAGCACUGAAUUCACACCUGCAUUUGACGUAGUGGAAAAAGAAUAGACUGUGCUUUUUUUUGUGGAAAUAGGAGGAGGCCAUAUUUUUCUUAAAAGGCUGUUGGUUUGUUUUUGCUGUAAAGAGAAAUGUGCAAAGGAGGAACACUGACAUUAUGACACCAAACAUUAAGAAAUCCUUUGUCUCAAGCAGGUUAAUGCAACGCUACAGCGGUUUGUCCAUCAGGUCACAUGCAAAGGCUGUGUGUGUGUAUAUGUAUACACAUAUACAUACACACACCUUGAUAAGUUAAGCUUAACAAAUAUUUGAACUGUACAGAGUAUGUAUCUUGUAGGUUUUGGAUAUCUUAUCCAUCCCCUUGUGUUUUUAUGUACAGUGUAUAAAGAACAUAUAAAGAACAA